GGCAAGGAAGGAUGGCGGAAGGAAGGAUGCUGGGGGAGCGAGCUCGAGUGGAACGUCCUCGGCUGGAGCGAGGAGACCGAGAACGGAACCAGGCGCUGCCAGCGCUGAUCUUGGACCCAGAGAAGAUCCGAGGCAAGCAUGCCGCCCUCUGCUUUGCCACCAUGGCCGUCAUGCUGGGGCUGCCCCUGUGGUGGAAGACGACCGAGACCUACCGGGCGGCCUUGCCUUAUUCCCAGAUCAGCGAGCUGGACUCUUUGCUGCUCCGGCUCAGAGUUCCGGUGUCUGUGGUGUUUGUCCAGGGGUCUCUGCCCAUAGUGGAUCAGCAAAAACUGCCCUUCACAAUUGUCAAUGAGCGCGAUAUCCCAUUGAAAUGCAAAAUGAGGCUCAAAAGCCGCUUCCAGCAGGCCUAUCGGAUGGCGGGGUCCUCUGAGGAGAAUGCCUUGAAAAAGGACACUGUUCAAGAGGCCGAAGCCGCGUUGCCUUUACCAAAGGAGGAUUCGUUGGGCUCACUCAACAUAUUUGUGAUCCCUGAGAAAUCCUCACUGCUCCCCCAGGACAAGAUGAGUUACAUCGGGCCCAAGAGGACGGCGUUUGUUCGGGGAGCCCACGGUCGGCAGGCCUUGACAGUGAUUGGCCAGAAGAUACUGCAGGUGGCCCAGGCCAUGUCGCUGACGGAAGAGGUGCUCGCUUCUGCCCUGGGUGACCGCCUUCCAGAGGACAAACUGAACUUGGACAAGAGGCGGCCCCUCAAGUCUAGCCUGGGCUACGAGAUCACCUUCAGUUUAUUGAACCCUGAUCCCAAGUCCCAUGAAGUCCACUGGGACAUAGAGGGGGCAGUGGAGAAUUACGUGCAGCCCUUCAUGUCUCUGCUCAGUGCCAUCGGCAAUUUCUCCAUGGACUCUCAGGUCCUGUACUACGCCAUGCUUGGUGUGACUCCCCGCUUUGACGCGGCCACUUCCAGCUACACGCUGGCUGCUCACAGCCUCCCUCACGUCAUCAACCCUGUGGAGGCCCGUUUGGGAUCCAGAGCUGCCUCCCUCUACCCAGUGAUCAACUUCCUCCUGUAUGUGCCUGAGCGUGCCCACUCCCCGCUGUAUAUCCAGGACAAGGAUGGGGCCCGAGUGACCACCAAUGCUUUCCAUAGCCCCCGUUGGGGUGGCAUCAUGGUGUACAACGUCGACCCCAGUGCCUACAAUACCACGAGGUACCCUGUGAAGGUCAAUGUGGACAUGGUCCCGGUGAUGGAGGUGUUCCUGUCCCAGAUGCGGUUACUGUUUGGGGUCCCCCACCCUCAGAUGCCAGAAAACUUCCUUCUGGGAAGCCCUCCGAGUGAAGGGCUGAGGUACUGGGAGCUGGACAGGCUGGUGUGGGCCCGGGCCGUGGAGAACCUGGCUACGGUCAUCACUACUCUGACCUCCCUCGCCGAGUUGCUGGACAAGAUCGGCAACAUUGUUAUCAAGGACGACGUGGCCUCAGAGGUGUACCGGGCAAUGGAUGCAUUCCAGGAGGCAGCGCUGGAACUGUCCGCUGGCAACCUGGAGGUUGCUUUCCGUGCCAGCCGGGAGGCAGUGACGUCCUCAGAAAAGGCCUUCUUUGAUCCCUCCCUUCUUCACCUCCUCUACUUUCCUGACGACCAGAAGUUUGCCAUCUAUAUUCCCCUCUUCCUGCCCAUGGCAGUGCCCAUUUUCCUGUCCAUGAUCAAGAUUAUUGUGGAGAACCAAAAAGCCAGGAAGGAUAUGGAAAAGGUGGACUGAGUGUGCAAAGGCCAGAGAAUGGGGGCAAAGGGUUCCCUCUUUAUGAAAGCUGAGGUUGGGUGGGAUGGUAGCUUGGAGAGCAGAUGAAUUAUUGCUCCCGGGAAUGGUCUGGUCCUGUCUUGGAGAACCCUCAUUCUUCUGUAUCCUUUGUGCCCUCACCCUGAAGAUCCUUUGGUUAGAGGCCAGGCCUUCCAGUGGGUA